AUGCCAACUAUAGGUAGUUUGGCUGGCAUGGAGAUAACCGGCGCCGGCGUUGAAGGUAGUUUUGUUGGUGUUGGUUGGGAUCGCCGUCGUAGAGGUCGUCGCUCCAACCGCCAGUGUCGCAUCCCAAUUGAAGUUACAAACGAAGCUGCCUUCAACGACUACAUUAGCAGCCUGUCAUUCACUGCCUUCGACGACUAUUCUCCGGUGCAUUUCCAUUCCUCCGUGGGGUACUCUUGCGGAAUCUAUUCGUACGAUCACACCCCUAGUCUACCCAUUUCCGAAGAAGUUGAUUUGGAGAGUGGUGAAUUGGUUUUAUCUGAAAAUGAUGGAAAACAAUGCCGAAUUUGUCAUCUGAAGUUCGAAGGUGGCGAUGAUGAAGAGGUGGGGGAGGAUAACGGCGAGGCUUUGGAAUUGGGGUGUGAUUGCAAAGGCGAUCUGGCUACUGCUCACAAAAAAUGUGCACUGACAUGGUUUCUGAUCAAAGCAGACUUGAAAUGCGAAAUCUGUGGCUCCAUAGUGCACAAUGUCGGUGCCUUGGUGCAGAAUGUUGAUUAUGAGGCGAUAGUGCAGGUAGGGAACAAUGGUGAUCAGGAUGAAGUUCAGCCUCCCGAAUCAUCAGCCUCAGUCGUUGAUCCUGAAAAUGGAAGUUCUACUUCUAUGCAUGGACGAAGGAUUGUGAAUGUGAUGCUAGGUUGCAUGACUUUCGGCUUUGUAAUCUCCUGGCUCUUUCACUUCAACGUGUUGCAUUGA